AUGAACCCUUGGCCAUCAGGCGGCUUCAUCGGUUUCCUGCUGACCACGGCCAUUAUCGUUAUCUUGUGCGAGAUCGUCCCGCAGUCCGUGUGUACGCGGCACGGCCUCUUCCUCGGGGCAGCCGGAUCCCCGAUCAUCAAACUAGCCAUGGUGCUCUUCUACCCGAUAACGAAGCCGUAUGCGAUUGUCCUGGAUCACCUCUUCCCACAGCGAGAGAACCUGUUGGACCGAAGUCAGCUUCAGGCACUGGUGGAGUACCAAAAGUCGGCUGCCCCAGGUAUGCUCGUCGAGGGGCAAGCUGAGAUGCUCAUAGGUGCCCUGGGCAUGACCAAGAAGACUGUCUCAGAGGUGAUGGUUCCGCUGCAGAGUGCCUGCUGCUUGAUGCUUGAGGAUAUUCUCGACUUUGCAUUCAUUGCACGGGUGAUUCAGCGGGGCUACAGCCGCUUCCCUGUGGUGGACCCUGCUUCUGGGCAGGUGGUUGGCCUUCUUCAUUGCAAAGAUCUGCUGAGCCUGCGCGUGGUUGAGCCGCUUCACGACGACCCCGUGCACAACGUUCGGGACCGAUCAACCUGCACCGUUGGCGAGCUGCUCGAGGCGCUGCGUGCGGCCGGCCGUGAAAGGCACAUCUUCGUUUGCGGCAAGAACACCACGCUGAUGGCUUUGCUGUCAGAGCUGGGAUCCCAGAGUGCAUUCCAGCAGCUUUCGGUCAAGCGUG